AUGAUGCUGGCUGCUGAUACGUCACUCCUGAUGAAGCGGGCUGCUGAUGCGUCACUCCUGAUGAUGCGGGCUGCUGACGCGUCACUCCUGAUGAUGCGGGCUGCUGACGCGUCACUCCUGAUGAUGCGGGCUGCUGACGCGUCACUCCUGAUGAUGCGGGCUGCUGAUGCAUCACUCCUGAUGAAGCAGGCUGCUGAUGCAUCACUCCUGAUGAAGCAGGCUGCUGAUGCAUCACUCCUGAUGAUGCGGGCUGCUGAUGCAUCACUCCUGAUGAUCCAGUGUAGUGAUGCGUCACUCCUGAUGAUCCAGUGUACUGAUGCGUCACUCCUGGUGACUCGGGAUGCUGAUGCGUCACUUCAUUUGGUCCAAGCUGUUCCCCCAUCAUUUCAGAUGGUACACUUUGAUGUAUCACUCCUGAUGGCUGGACACGCCCAUCUGUAUGAAUGA